GUUCUAUUGAUAAAGUUCAGUUUUACUUCUCCAAAUUUUUGUUGGAUAUCUUUCGAGCAAAAAGCUUUCGUAAGUCAUACUGCAAGUAUGGGAACUCCAAUUGCGCCAGUGAAAGUCAAUAUGGGCGACAAAAUCAAGGAUCAGUUCACUGUGAAGAAAAAGUUGGGAGAAGGUGCUUGUGGUCAGGUUUUCCUCGUGGAUCUGAUUCAAGGAAAGGGAAGUGCUGCAAUGAAAGUAGAACCAUUGAUGAAGAAUAAGGAGGAUGAAAUUCUUAAAAUGGAAGUGUAUGUGUUGAAGAAGUUGCAAAACUCUCGCCACGUUUGUCGUCUUUUGGGGUCCGGGAAAACCGAAACAUAUACUUACAUGGUGAUGAGUGUUCUUGGAAAAGAAAUUGGAGAUGUUCGUCGAAGACUGCCACAGCGUAAAAUGUCUGCACCAUCAACUGUUCGUGUUUUCAUUCAACUUGUCAAAGCUCUCCAGGAUAUGCAUGAAGCUGGGUUUGUUCAUCGUGACGUUAAACCUAGCAACAUGGCGUUGGGAGUCAAGAACGAACAAGUUGUCUACAUUUUCGAUUUUGGCUUAUCACGUCAGAUCAUGCUUCCGGAUGCAAGUGGCAAGCUGAAAUUGAGAGAGCCACGUAACAAGUCAAUGUUUCGUGGAACUGUUCGCUAUUGUAGUUUGAAUGUGCAUUUGCAUAAGGAGCAAGGGAGACAUGAUGAUUUGUAUGGAGCACUGUAUGCCAUGAUCGAGACUGCUACCUCCACUCUUCCUUGGAAAGGAAAACCGAAAAAAGAAACUUCUGCUUUGAAAGAGAAGACUACCGAUGUUCAGCUGUGCAAGGGUUGUCCAAAAUCAUUCUUGGAAAUUGCGACUACCCUUCGGAAGUUAACUUACAAAGAGACACCUCCAUAUGGCAGUUUCAUGGAGAAGUUGAAGGCUGAUCUUCCAAAAGGAGUCAAGAUGACUGAUCCAUUCGAAUGGAACUUGAAAGGUGCAUUGGAUGAGAACAACAAUGGAAACAAGUCGGAUCGUGAGGAUGCAGAGCGUGGCGGUGGAGCAGAUACAGUCAAUGAGGUUGAUGAGAGUGUCAUUACUGAAGAUCGUGCAGACACAACUUCUUCGUCGAAGAAUGGAGAAGACUAUGCUCCAGAAGACACUCUUGACAAUAUCUAGAUGAUUUUAUUCUGGGAAUGAAAUGCUUUUUAUGAAUGAUGUUUGGCUGUAGUGAAUGAAUGAAUGAUUGAAAGCAAUUUUUUUCGAAUCUUUCAUUUUUC